AUGGUGAAAAGAUCCUAUGAAGAAGAUAUUGAAAAUGAUAUUGAAUUAAUUAAUGUUGAAAAUUGUGACUUCCAUACAGAUCAAAAUGGAAACAAAAGGGCUAAUAAAUUCACAAUUUUAAAAGUCCCAUAUACAAACGGUAGAUACUAUUAUAGAAAUGGUCAAUUGAGUAGAGGAUCUCAUUCAAUAGUAUAUAAAUUGUUUAAUGAAAAUGAAACUAAGAUAUUUGCUGGGAAACAAUUACUUACUAAAGGUAGCAAGAUGUUAAGAAGAAAGAUUAUUGACGAAUUAGAGUUAUAUAAAUUGAUCUGUAGACAAAAGCAAGUGAAUAUUGUUCAAUUAAUUGAAUAUUUCCAAACCUGUACUACUGAUAAUAAAAACAACAACGAGAACAAUAAUAAGGACCUUAAACAUGAUGAUAUAUAUAUGGUACUGGAAUACGCCAAUAAUGGAACAUUACAAUCUAUACUUCAAUACCGUGGUAAUUUAGACGAGAUAGAGACCAAGAAUAUAAUACUACAGAUAUGUGGUGGAGUAUUUUGGUUACACAGAAAUAAUAUUGUCCAUGGUGAUUUGAAACUAGGAAAUCUAUUAGUUGAUCGCGUUAGAAGAUCGAUUGCCAAUAGCAAGCAUGAAUAUGAUAUAAUUAAAAUAUGUGAUUUUGGUCAUUCUUUUAUAAACGACCAAAGCAAAAAUUAUUUUGAUGAUCAAAGUGAAAUAUUGGGGACACCAUAUUAUUUAGCACCUGAGCUAGUCUGUAAAUAUAAAGGCGUGAAUAUAUCUGGGAAGACUAUCCCAUUAAUAUCUUUCCCCAUAGACAUAUGGGCAAUUGGUGUAAUUCUAUUUACAAUGUUGUAUAAUCGUAAUCUGUUUAUCUCCGAUAAAGAAGAAUUACACAGGCUAUCAAGGAUGGAUCUGUAUUCACGGAUUACUUCUAAUAUAUUAAGGAUACCAAGUGAUGGACCAAACAUAACCAAGGAAUGUAAGAAUUUGCUGAUCAAGCUUUUAAAACAACACCCAUUGAAAAGACUGACUUUAUUGGAGGUGAUAGAUCAUAAGUGGUUCAAAAAUGGAUUUAUUAAAGAGAUCAACUUGUUGGCUCCUAAUGGAGGAGAAUUAAAGAACAGGAAAAGAAACAAUCAAAACGACAAUGAGAUAAAAGAAUAUAUAGAUGCGUUGUAUAAAUACGGGUUUGAUUCGUUAUUGAAUGGAUACAAGAAUGUGAGGGAUGGUGGAGACAAGAAGAGCAUUAAAGAUGAUAUAUUGAAGAAUCUAAAAAUCAAUGUUAAAAGGGAACAUAAAAGAAGAAUAUCAAUGUAUAAUAAUAUCAGCAACCACAACAACAACAAUAGUAUUGGAACUGUUUUGAAAGAGAAUAAGGUACAGCGUGAUAUCAGUAAAAGAAUCAUAGUAGAUGAAAUCUAUGUAACUCUACAUAAUCUCUAUAAGACAGAAUCGAAUGAAAAUAGAGAAGAAAAGAACAAGAAUUCGAAUAAAGAAGAAGGUACCAGAUCUUUGAUCUUAAUUAAGAAAUGUGAAGAAAGAUCCUAUGGUGAUGACGAUACAACAUUUUUGUAUGAGAUGACGAACGGACAAGUUGGUUGUUUAUUUUUGGAUGAUGAGCAUAGUAUAUUAUUAAAUGAUAUGAAAUCUACAUUUUGGUACAUUAUACCUGAUAAGCAAAAUGGAUGGGUAUCCAAAUGUUUUAAACAAGAAAUAGAUAUUGAUACAGAUGCGAUAAAGAUACCAAACGAAUUGAAUAAGAGAUUGCAAUACGUUAAAGAUUGUAAACUUGAUAUGGAUUUAAAUUUAAAUAUGGAUAUGAAUAUGGAUAUGAAUAUAGAUAUGAAUAUAAAUUGUAAUGACAAUGUCGAUACAUUCAUUAGAAAAUACACGAUAUACGGUGAUAGAAGAGAAGUCAAUGAAGAAAAGAUAAGUUUAAAGCUAUAUAUAUUGAGUGAUAACGGAACAUAUCAAUUCAAUUUCGAAGAGGAAAGAAUUAUUAUAGUGAUACAAAACUUUGGUGAAAUUAUCACAAUGAUAGAUUAUGAAAAUAGAAUAACAAUCACGGAUACGUACUAUAAUAUAUUAUUGAACAAUCUGAAAAAUGAGGAGAAUAAAAAUUCUAAUUUAAUGAACAUGAAAAAAAGAUUAUAUGAUAAGAUGUUUAUAAUUAAAGAUGUAUUAAAAAGAGAAAUGAUAAAUAAUAUAAAAUAA